AUGGUUAUCAGCGUCGAGAUUCACAACUGCAUCGUUCAGAAGAGGUUGGUCGAUCAGGGAAGCUCGGCUGAUAUCCUUUACUGUAACACCUUUAAACAACUUGGCAUCCCGGAGGUUGAGUUGAUUCCCUACAAUGAGCCCUUGGUCGGAUUCUCUGGUGAGCGUGUCCAAACUAAAGGGUACAUCAAGUUAUCCACCGCUUCUACUUUGACGGAGCCGAAGCUCGAGACAUCCCAGUCAAGCCGGAUCAUCACGAUCCACGCCGAUCAGAAGGCGGCUAGAGAAUGCUAUUUUGCCAGUCUUCGGCUGCCCCAUCUCGAGACGGCCGAGCCGCACAGAGUAAAGCGUGUACACACAGUAGUGCAAGAACUCGACACAAUUGUGGACUUUGACCCUCAAAUGGAGCAGGAUGAGAGGGUCGAGCCGAUUGAAGAGCGACAACCGAUUAUUAUUGGGUCGACCGACCUACACGUGACCUACCUGGGCUCUAACCUGUACGAGAUAGAAAAGCACAAAAUCGGACAAGUCGUUAGGAAAAACAAAGACCUCUUCGUGUGGCGGCUGACUGAUAUGCCAGGUAUCGACCCCAACUUUUUGUGCCACAAACUCUCAGUGUACCGAGAGGCGAAACCGGUUGCCCAACAAAAAAGAAAGACGGGAGAAGAAAGGAAAAAGGCAGUUGAAGAAAAGGUAUCCAAGCUCUUGGAAGCGGGUUUCAUUCGGGAAAUCCAAUACACAACAUGGUUGGCCAACGUUGUCAUGGUUAAAAAGUCGAACGGCAAGUGGCGAAUGUGCACAGACUACACAGACUUGAACAAGGCAUGUCCCAAGGAUGCCUAUCUGUUGCCAAACAUAGACCGAUUAGUUGAUGGCGCGACCGGCCAUAAGUUCUUGACCUUUCUGGAUGCAUACUCGGGUUAUAAUAAAAUCUGUAUGCACCCCCGAGACGAGGAAAAAAUGGCAUUAGUCACGGAAUCUGCCAACUACUGUUACUAA